AGCUGCUGUUUGCUGGUGAAGCCUGUGACGUGCAAAGCACCCUGCCUAUAGGAUUUGAGGAUUUCUCAGUGCAGUUUUUUCAUACCCACUUUAAACCUUCAGAUUCUAAAUAUCAGGAAAGACAGCAAAUGCUGUGUGAAAAUAGCAGGCCAACUCAGACUAGAAUGGGGGUAGAAAGAGCUGAUGCAGAGUGGGUUUAAUUCUAAGGUUUUUUGUUGCUAAGUUUUUGUUGUGGUUAACUUAUUGAAUUUAGAGUUGUACUGCACUAGUCAAGUGAGGGCCAGAGCAGCACCAGUGUCAAAAUAGUGACAGACAGUUUUGAAUAUAUACUUAGUAUAUAUGUACUCAGAGUAUUUUUAUUAAAGAAGACAAAGAGCCCAGCAUAGAUCUCAUCUUCAUCUUCACCUGGUUGCAAAAUCAAUAGUUAAGAAAUAGCAUCUAAGGGAACUUUUAGGUGGGGAAAAAAAUCUAGAGAUGGCUCUAAAUGACUGUUUCCUUCUAAACUUGGAAGUGGACCAUUUCAUGCAUUGCAACAUCUCCAAUCACAGUGCGGAUCUCCCCGUGAACGACGACUGGUCCCAGCCGGGGAUCCUCUAUGUCAUCCCUGCAGUUUAUGGGGUUAUCAUUCUGAUAGGCCUCGUUGGCAACAUCACUUUGAUCAAGAUCUUCCUUACAGUCAAGUCCAUGCGAAAUGUUCCAAACCUGUUCAUUUCCAGUCUGGCUUUGGGAGACCUGCUCCUCCUGGUAACGUGUGCUCCAGUGGAUGCCAGCAGGUACCUGGCUGACAGAUGGCUAUUUGGCAGGAUUGGCUGCAAACUGAUCCCCUUUAUACAGCUUACCUCUGUUGGGGUGUCUGUCUUCACACUCACAGCGCUCUCAGCAGACAGAUACAAAGCCAUUGUCCGGCCAAUGGAUAUCCAGGUCUCUCAUGCCCUGAUGAAGAUCUGCCUCAAAGCCGCCUUUAUCUGGAUCAUCUCCAUGCUGCUGGCCAUUCCAGAGGCUGUGUUUUCUGACCUCCAUCCCUUCCACGAGGAAAGCACCAACCAGACCUUCAUUAGUUGUGCCCCGUACCCACACUCUAAUGAGCUGCACCCCAAAAUCCACUCCAUGGCUUCCUUUCUGGUCUUCUACAUCAUCCCACUGUCAAUCAUCUCUGUUUACUACUACUUCAUUGCUAAAAAUCUGAUCCAGAGUGCUUACAAUCUUCCCGUGGAAGGGAAUAUACAUGUCAAGAAGCAGAUCGAAUCCCGGAAGCGACUUGCCAAGACAGUGCUGGUGUUUGUGGCUCUGUUCGCCUUCUGCUGGCUCCCCAAUCACGUCAUCUACCUGUACCGCUCCUACCACUACUCUGAAGUGGACACCUCCAUGCUCCACUUUGUCACCAGCAUCUGUGCCCGCCUCCUGGCCUUCACCAACUCCUGCGUGAACCCCUUUGCCCUCUACCUGCUGAGCAAGAGUUUCAGGAAACAGUUCAACACUCAGCUCCUCUGUUGCCGGCCUGGCCUGAUCAUCCGGUCUCACAGCACUGGAAGGAGUACCACCUGCAUGACCUCCCUGAAGAGUACCAACCCCUCUGUGGCCACCUUUAGCCUCAUCAAUGGAAACAUCUGUAAUGAGCGGUAUGUCUAGAUUGCCCCUUGACUUUGCCCCUUGAGGGACUCUUGGUUUUGCUUUAUGGCUAGAUAGGAACUCCUGCAUCUAUUGUUGUGUUUUUGCCUCCAAAGACCCUUCAGAAUGCUUGUGAGUGGUGUAGGUGGGGGCGGGGGUGGGGGCCAAAAUGGUGGAUCACUGUUAUAUUUUCAAAGAAGCCAUCGAGUCAGGUUUUUCAUUUCAACUUGAGAAUGUUUCUUGUGAUGUGAAGCAAACCUUCCCUUUUCAGAAAAGUGAACAAGUAGAAAAUUAUUUUUUAAGCAUCAAGCCCUGUUAAACGGUUGUGGCCAAUUUUGUCAUAGAAACUGUAUGAACAACGAGAUUUAUAUAGCAGAGAAAUCAUAUAUUGAAUGCUUAUUUUGUGAAAGACUUCACCUUGUCAUUUCUUCAAGCAGAUGCUAGUGCUUUAGAAAUAUGACUUGACUUUUUUUUUAGGAAUAUCUGUAAAAUACGAACCAAGGAACAACUUUUAUUUAUACUCCUAAUAUGAAAAGUCAAUCCUGUGAAUGACCUCCAGGUAUGAGGGACACUCUCCAAGUUGAUAACAAUGGAAGCUAGUUUAAUAUAAAACAAUUCUCUAAACAUUCAUUUAAAAAAAAUACGUUACUGAGGACCUAGGAGAAAUGCUCUAUACAUACCUUUAAAGCAAAAAUACAACCAAACUCAUUGGCACAUAUAUAAAGAUUCAUGUGUGGCUGCACAGUGAUAUCUCACACACUGAAUUCUUACUUCAUGGAGGUUUUGUUUGCUGCUACACAGUUUUCAUCAUCCAGAAUGCUGUUCCACCAUAGAAGAGAAAUCCAUUUAGGAAAAAAUUGAUCAUGCUAUUAAUUCAUCAAAUAUCUAUAAAUGGAUAAAGUACAGUAUUUAUUCUUGAUACAUAGGUUUUGAGCAAGUGUAUUUACUUAGAUUUGUCUGACUGCUACACUGAAUAAGUAGUUUCACUAUAAGAAAGAAGUGAUUGUAUCUGAGUAGAAAUAGGGACAUGUUUAUAUUUAAUGUAUGCUUCUCCUAACGUUUGUGGGAGGAAGUGAAUAAAAUUUCGGUAACAUGUAUUUUUGUCUGAAUAUGCAUAAGAAAGUCACAGGGGUCUUAACUUUAGGAACUGAUUAAAAAACAGCUACAGACUUGUUUCUACUUAACAAGAAUAUUUAUGAAAGAGCCCAUGCACAGAAAAAGACUUGGCUGAAAUAUUUUUCUUUUUCUGAGUUUAAUUGGCUCUAAAAAGAUUUGAUUACCUUACUUUAGAAACCCUGAAUCGAGUUUUUCUUCACUCAGAGGCAGGGAAAUUUUGACAGGUUGCAAACAUAUUAACCCACUUUCAAAUGAAUUCAAAUUUUGCAAAUGUGCCCUUACACAUUAAAAUUCUGACAAUUUUAGUUCAGGUUUUCUUUAUCCAGAUGAGAUACAAACAGUUGGCUCUCAUUUUUACAAGGCACAUAUGAAAAGAUUCUUGUCUCUUGAUACGAAGAAGUACCCACUGUCUAUGGAGCUUUAGGAGUUAGGACCAAAACAGUGAAAUUUCUUCAAUUCUGCUUGCUACGUGCUCUUCUGUACUGUACACACCUGCUUUCCUGUUAGUCCAUAAUUACAUUGAACAGUUUGAAAAGCAAGACGGAUAGUAUCACUUAAAGAACCAAGAUUUCUAGCUUCAGAGUCCAACUCUGCCUCUAGCUAUGUCACUCUGGCUGUCAAUUUCACUUCUCUAGACUCAUGUUUUCAUCUCUAGACUGAGAAGACAGUGCUAAGGUCUUGUCUCUCACUAAAAUUCUGAGUCUCUUCAUUGUCUCCAGUCCUGUCUCUGCAGCAUUUCUGUAGCCCAUUUGGUCACAGUAGCCCCACUUCUGCUACCCUUGCAACAACUCUUUGGAGAUCCUUCAACCACUAUUAUAUGCUCGUGUUCACAUUAGUGGUAUGAAAGGAGUCAGACUAUUCUAUUGCUUCCAGGGGCUCCUUGGAAUACUUUGCAUGAAUGAUGAGUUAGAGCUGGAAGAGACAUAAGAAAACAUUGCUGAAUCUUAUUAUUAUACAAAGGACACUCUUCCUAUUCACCCUUCUUCAACCUCCAUGCACCUGUUAUCUUGCACUAGUGGUCCACGAUUUUGCCCUUGGCUUUCUUCAAAAUGCUUGAAUAUAAAUGAAUCUAUGCUUAGUUAGUUGCCAACAUGUAUAGCCUUCUGAAUACCUAGCAUAACUUGUUCAAGCAUCUGUGAUCUACCUACCUCCAGAGACAUUUUGGAAGUAGAGCUCAUCUUCAUGUCUUCUUCAGUUAACAUCAUGGCAUAGAGCUCCUGGAUAAAGAGUGAAGAAAUGGAGGUCUAGGUGUAGCUGUGUGUCCUUAGGCGAAUCUUAUUACUUCUUUGAGACUCUUGAAUGAAAGGACUGAAGGAGGCCUUUGCCAGCUAGUGACCAAGGACUGGUAAAACUAUUUCGUGAAUCAACUAAUGGAUUUGACUUAGAGCUUCUUACCAGGAAGGACAUAGCUGGGCCCUUCUCUGGGGAAGUCAAAAUUUUAUUAUUUUAUUUCACCUCAAGAACCUAAAACUAUGUGAGAGAGACCCAAGUCCCCACAUAUAUCACUUCUCUGCCAAAGCAGAGUAUGGUAGGGGCUGGAGCUGAGACAUUUCACGCCUGGCUUCCAAAGAUAAUCACGUUUAGCACUUAUGUCUUUGGCAAGGAAAAAAAAAAUCAAUUUUUGCUGUGGAAAACCAUCUGUGUUUAUUCAAUUGACAGACACUACCUUUCAAUCUAUCUUAAAUUGAGCCUCCCUGAGGCAGGCAGCUCAACAGUGAUAGAUUAAGCAAUAAACAAAGCAGUCUUCCCACCAACGGCUGCUGCUGGCAGGGAAGGUGCAGCUGCAAUUGGGAGUGAUAUUCUUUAGCAAGAUGAUCCUCCCUGCUUAGUGCAGACAGGGCCCCUCCCCGUUGUUGAUUUGAUGUUUCUCCAUAAAUGUGGAUGGCUAAACCCUGUUCUUCUGACUGCCUUCAUUCGCACUGAACCUACCUUCUGCCUCAUUAACAAGCUCUGGAUUUCCCUCUUUGUCCACAAACAAUUUGGUUUCAUCUGGGAGGAUGGAGAACCCUUAGGUAAGUAAACUGUUUAGGGGCUGCUGCAGAUGAACCAGGCUCAUCUCGUUAUGAAAAUGCACUGAACAGAAGUAAAUGAACUUGACGAUAGCACAUGAGCAUUCUUGCAUUGUAAAGUCUUCAUUUAUGUCAAAAGUAGCAGUUGGUUACUGGUUUCAGAGUGUUUUCAUGCAUCAAAUAGCUUCUGGUAAUAGAGAUUAACUUUGUUUGGGGAGUACACAAUGAAUGACAUCAUCUGUGGACGAAAAGGUGGCUAAGUCACUUUUCCUGGAAGCCAGCUAGAAACCAUCACCCUGGGAAGCUGACUGUAUGGGAGUUGAAUGAAUAGCCAUCCACUUGUAUCAUGGUGAGAUGCGAAGCUGCAAACUUUCUUGCCAUUUGUGCUCUUCACAUCCACAACAGAAGGUAGCUGUUGUUAGAGAGUAGCUUAGGAUUAUCCCUGGGUUUCUGGGGAAAUGAAGCACAUUUUGUGCAUUUGUCUAAUUUUUGGCUGCAUUUUCAUGAAAUGGAUUAACAGCUGAAAACAAAAGGAUUCUUUUACUUUCAUGGGACUAGGCUUUGUGCACACUGUUGGAUGAAACCAAGGCUUAACAAGCUCUACUUUGUUCUGUAUCUGGACUGUCAUUUCUCCCAGCCCACACCCAAACAUACACUCCCCAAACACAAACACACAACAAUUUCAAUGUCUCAUAAUCUCUUACUGUAACUUUGGCCUUCAGAGGCACCCUUUGUUAGGUUGCAGGGGACCAAGCAUUAAGUCCAGCUGAAUAUAUUCAGAGCAAUCAACAAAUAACACACUGAGAACAGACUUUUCUCUUAUGAGACUUCACAUUAGAAAUUCAUUCGGCAGAAUUUAUCUAAUUGUUAAAAGCUUCAAUGUUGUACAUGUGUUAAAUUUAAGAACCCCUGGGUCAGAAUAUUACUGUGGAAUCACGUCCAUGACUAAUUUUUUAAAAAUUUUGCAUUUACAUAGUGUUCAUGGUCUAUAAAGUACUUUUAUAUUUAUUACCUUAUUUCAUCCAAGCCUUCCCUGCUGGCCAAAGAGCCGCUUUACAUCCUUUACUAUAGAAAUGUAACCAUCUACCAUUACAUUAAAAGGCCCAUGGAACUAUGAAGCUGAAACAUGAAACCGUUGAGACUGGACCAUUCGUGAACUACAAAAAGGCAAUUUCAUCUGGUUCAGCUUAAUUUGAUUUCAUAUUGUUUCGAGGUGAACUAACAGUACUUCAUUCUCAUGGGCUAUUCGGUGAUACUGAAGAACAGUGCUCAUCAUCACUUCUCUAGUUUACAGGAUAGUCUCUUUUCCCCAAAGUGAAUCUGUUUAACUUGGCACAAGGGAGUGGACAGGGUCAUUGUUGGCUGCCCAGGAGAGACAUAUUGGUGGGCACAACAUUAAAUGUCAGAAUGAAAUGGAAGGCUAAGACAAAGGAGGGUAGGAUCCUUGGUAGCAAAAACAUUGGCCAUGAAAUACAUCAAAUUUAACCAAAACCUGAAUGGAGUGCUAUGGCUCUGGAAGUGCUGGAAAAGAAGGGGCUCAACUUCACCAAACACUGACAAUAUGCAAAGUCCAGUGCUGGGCACAUGAAGGUGUGGCAGGGAGCUUACUUACUGAUCCUCAAGUCACAUGGGGAAGUUGAGUGGCAGAGUUUAAGUGUGGACCUCAUCUCCCCAUGUCUGUGUCCAUUCCACUGCUUAGCAUUGCUUCCAAAAUCCAACCUGUGUGAAAAAUUAAGUUCACAGUACUUAGUAGAAAACUCCACUCUCUAGAUUUUGUCCAGAGGCCUGAAGUAGUGAUAGAGUCAAAAAAUGUAUGCAAAGAGCAUUGAGGCACGUAGUUUAAGGAAUUGCUAAGGGCAGAAGCUGAAAUGCAGCACUAAGUGGGUGACUAGGAAAAUCCCUUAGGUCAGUUGUUUGCAACCUUCUCCCCUACUCAGAGACACAAUUCAGCUGUAACUGGAAGCGCUGGGAAGAAUUUCCCACCUGUGUCUGAGGAGAGAAAAAUCUUGCCAAGGACCAACUUAGAAGAUCCAAAAUGAGAUCAGCGAAUCUAGCCAUCUUUCUUUGAAUCAGAAUUAGUUGGAAAAAAGUGUCAGGUAGAGAUAGAACCACUUAAGCCCCCAUAUUCCCCAAAAUAGAGGAAGAUAUGACAAUGGUUGAUUUCCUAGUCUGGGGCCCUAAGCCACAUAAAUAGCCUCUAAUAGAAAAAUAUCUCCUGGACUAAGGGGCCAGAUAAAAAACUCAGAUAUGGACUUGUAUCUGAGUGCCUAGCUCUAGGUCCCCUGUUCUAAACACAGACACACUGUCUCUCUGCAUUCUCUGAACUCACAUUUCUAGAAGAUAAGAUUAUUUUCCUUUUCCCCCAAAUUGAAAAUUCACUCACAGAGUCAUAUAAUGAAAUGAAAGGACUCACAUAAUUGUAUGAUCUUUUAAAAGAAUCAUUUAAAUGGUCAGUAAAACCUCAUACAUUCAAGGCCUCAUUAACUCCGAGACAAGCUUUAAAAUGUUGGUAUAACUCAGAAAUUCAAUGUUGAAGGUACGUUAUAUAAUUUGAACCUGUUGUGAAUCCAGAUUUUCAUCACUUUGCUUCCAUUUUAGCUAAUGACAUUAAUAAUACAUGUACAACAUUAAGGAAGUAACACUGGUUAACUUCUAAAAAGUCUUCUUUUUUUCUGCAAUUUGGACUUUAGUGAUUCGAACAUGACCUUUUUUGCAUUCAAGUCAGCAGGGUUCGGGGUAAUAAAAUUCGUCAAACAGUCAAUUCGGUGAGUUGUAAAAAUAAAUGGCACGAACUUCUUUAAUGUCAUUUUAUGUUUUGUUUUAAAUAUUAGACUCAUAUUUCAUAAAUUAUAGUUGUACUUGCUACUAUUAACUGUAAAUAUUUAUUGCAUUGAAAAAUGUACUCUGUGUUAAAUAACUCAGAACAAGUUCCGGGUGUGGUACUUAGUGUAAGUAAUGGUGAUGGCUUGGCUUUGCCUGGACUCCUUGUGUUCAAUGAAUUAUUUAUAAGAAAUUCACAAUAUUAAUAUGAAUGGUUCAGAUCCCCUUAAAUGUGCAAACUUAACUGUGUAACCAUGUAAAACUCUAUCUAUAAAGUGUGCUUUGAGUAAAACUGUUAUUUUUCAAGAAAUGCUUCCAAUGCUUCUAUUACAUUGUAAGUGGUCUGUAUGACAUUAAAUCAAAUCCCGUAUCUAUAAGCUGAAUGUUCAAGUUGUAGAAGAAAUGCAGUUUAUUCUUUAAUAUAAUAAAGUGUAAUUUGUGAAAUGGACAGAAACAUGUAUCCAAUGCUCAAUAAAAAAUAGCUGUUGCAUGAA